AUGCCUGCUUUCGUUGAAACUUCUGCUGCGGCAGGUCCCAUCACGCGCGAGAUGCUGUUCCAGCUCAUGGUUCUGGCACGCGACACAUCCUUUCCGGAUGCCCAGAUUCGCGCCAUCUGCGACACCAUAACUCAGGACAAUGCCCACGAUUCCAUCGAGCUAUUGCGCCGCCUUCACGCCAGUCAGGACACUUCCUUGGUUCUUGCUUCCGCUGCUGUGCAAAGAGACCGUGUCAAGCUGCAACGCCUCGGCACGUUCUGUCCCUUCACCUUGAACUUCCGGAAGUGUCCUCAUGGUCGUGCAUGUCAGCUGAAGCACAUCUGUUGGGACACACAAUGCAGACGACCAGCUUCUUGCAAUUUCUCUCAUGAAGUGACUCCAACAUGCGACACAGUCUUUGAUGGUACCCGUUGUGCCAGAACCCGAAGACUCGUCAACGACGACAAGAAGAGAGCGUGUCCUCGCAACCACGAUUACAAAGUGCGCCUGUUCAUGGGCGCCAUGCAUAUCCCUCAUGAGCUUGGUUUCUAUGGAGUCGACAAUGCCCACACCGGUCUCAGCAUCACUCCUCCUAAUGAGAUUCAUGAUGCCGUCAAAGCUUCUUGGAGGGCCCCUAAUACGGAGGACAAGCACAGUCAGCGCGAGGAAUCUCUCACUAUCGCUGAGGUUGGGGAGAACGACAUUCCUGAAGAAAGUCACGAGGAGACUGCGGUAGAUGAUUCGCGUUCUGGGAGCGACUUGAUCUUGUUCACUUAA